AUGGGAAAGAAGAAGGGCGCCAAGAAGGGCGGCGCCGAUGACUUCUGGGAUGAAGCCGGCGAGACCAUCGGUAACAAUGACGACGAGGAGCAAGUUCCAACACAAAACACAAAGAGCCUCUUUGCUGCCAUGUCUCUCGACGACGGCGGCGAUGACCAGGACGAGGAUGAGGAUGUCCAGCCUGCCGCUCCUGCCAAGAAGGACAACAAGAAGGCCCCCAACGGCAACAAGUCCGACUCCAAACCCACACCGGAACCCACACCCGCUCCUGCCGCCGCCGCCGACGACGAUGAUCAUGACAACUACGGCUUGAUGGGUGCCAUCAAGACUGCCAACAAGAAAGGCAAGAAGGACAAGAAGAAAAACAAGAAGAACGACCAUUUUGACUUUGACGAGUUCGCAGAGGAUGUCAGCGGCAAUGCAGCUGCUCAGGCUGACACCCAAGUGGAUCUCUCCAGCAAAGCUCCUAUUCACGGCACUGUCGAUGACUUGCUAGAUGAAGAAUUCCCAGAAGACAAGCCCAAGAAGAAGGGAGGAGGCGCCCAAAAGCAAGAAAAGCAAGAAAAGCAAGACAAAGCUGACGAUGCUGAUGCUGAUGCCGCUGAGGAUGACGGUGCACCACGCAUCCUCACCAAGAAGGAGAAGGAGAAGCUCAAGAAGGAAAAGGAGAAGGCAAAGAAGAAGGCACAGGCUCAGGCAAAGAAGGCCGCUUCCGCCUCACAACCAUCCAAGCAGGAUGCAGCAGAUGAGGAUGACGAUGAGGAUGCCGCCGAUGUCAGCAAGCACGAUGAUGCAGCACCUGCAUCCACCGCCGGAGAGACUGCCGACGACAAGAAGAAAAAGAAGAAGAAGGGCGGCAAGGGUGCUGCUGCUGAACCUGCUCCAGCUACACCUGCCGCACCACCUUCCGGAAAGAAGAUCAGCCCUGCACUUGCUGCCCUCCAGGCCCGUAUCGCUGCUCAGAAGAAGGCUGAGCAGGAAGCAGAGCAGGCACGCCUUGAAGCUAUCCGUGCCGAACAAGAGCGUGAACGUCUCGAACAGGAAGAGGAGGAGCGCAAGGAAGCAGCUAAGCGAGCUAAGAAGGAGAAAGAGAAGGCCAAGAUCGAACAGCUCAAGAAGGAGGGCAAGUAUCUUACUCCUAAGCAGAAGGCUGAGAAGGCUGCCGCCGAGGCUAGGAUGCAGGCCAUGAUCCAGGCUGGUCACAUCAAGAUCGAGGGUCUCGAGAACCGCGAUGCAGCUGUCAAGCCUGCUCCCAAGAAACGAACCCUUGUCGACGACCGAAAGAAAAAGAAGGGUCCCCAGAAGCGAGAGGGUGGCCUUACCAUUCCUGAGCCAGUGACUGCUGAAUCUAAAGAUGAACAGGACGAGAAGCAAGAAGCUGCCGCCGAGGAGAAGACUGAAGAGCCUGUUCAGAAGGAGGCCGAGGUCGCCAAGGCUGAAGAGCCAGCCGAGGAGGACGAAGACGUCAAGGAUAGCUGGGAUGCCGAGUCUGAAGAUGAGCAUGUCAAGGACAGCUGGGACCUCGAGUCUGGUGACGAGAAGCCCGCCGCUGCUGCCAAGGCCAAGACAAACGGCAAAGAGGCGCCCAAGAGCAAGCAGGCUGCUAAGCAGGAGGAGAGCGACUCCGACCAAGAUGACGACGAUGAGGAAGACUCCGACGACAGCGACGAUGACAGUGACGAUGACAGUGACGAUGACAGUGACGAUGACUCCGAUUCUGAUAGCGAUCAAGGUCUCACCUCCGCUCAGCGUCAAGCUGUCGAGAAGAAGGCUGCCGCUGCUGAGCGUAGGAAGGAGCGUACCGAGCAGGCCAUGGCUGCCCGAAGCCGUGACGACCUUCGAUCGCCUAUUUGCUGUAUUCUAGGGCACGUCGACACAGGUAAGACCAAGCUUCUCGACAAGAUUCGUCAGACCAACGUCCAGGAGGGCGAAGCCGGUGGUAUUACCCAGCAAAUCGGUGCCACCUACUUCCCUACCGAGGUGCUCCAGUCCAAGACUGCAGUGCUCGACAAGGAUUCACCUUUCGAGUACAAGGUCCCCGGUCUUCUUGUCAUCGACACUCCAGGACACGAGUCUUUCACCAACUUGCGAACCCGUGGUUCCUCGCUCUGCAACAUCGCCAUUCUUGUGGUCGACAUCAUGCACGGUCUCGAGCCACAGACUCUCGAGUCGAUCCGACUGCUCAGGGACAAGAAGACGCCCUUCAUCGUCGCACUCAACAAAAUCGACCGUCUCUACGGCUGGCAGGCGACACCCAACGGUGGCUUCCGCGACAGUUUGGCAAAGCAGCAGCGCGCUACCCAGAACGAGUUCGAGGAGCGAACCAACCAGGUGCUCGUUCAGUUUGCCGAGCAGGGUCUCAACGCUGUCCUCUACUACGACAACAAGAACAUGGGCCGAAAUGUCAGUCUUGUCCCCACCUCGGCUCACACCGGUGAGGGUAUCCCCGACAUGCUCCGCUUGAUCAUCGAGCUCACACAGACACGUAUGAGCGAGAAGCUCAUGUACCUCUCCGAACUCGAGUGCACUGUGCUCGAAGUCAAGGUCAUCGAGGGUCUCGGUACCACCAUCGACGUUGUUCUCUCCAACGGUGUCAUGCACGAAGGUGACCGUAUCGUCGUCUGUGGUCUCAACGGACCGAUUGUGACACAGGUGCGAGCGCUACUUACACCACAGCCACUCAAGGAGAUGCGUGUCAAAGGUGCCUACGUCCACCACAAGACCGUCAAGGCCGCGCUCGGUGUCAAGAUUGCCGCUCCCGAUCUUGAAAAGGCCAUCGCCGGUUCCAGGCUGUUGGUCGUUGGACCUGACGAUGACGAGGAGGACCUCAAGGACGAGGUGAUGAGCGAUCUCAGUUCGCUCAUGAACUCGAUCGACACCUCGGGUCGCGGUGUCUGCGUGCAAGCAUCGACGCUUGGUUCGCUUGAGGCUUUGCUCGAAUUCUUGCGCGUCAGCAAGAUCCCUGUCAACGGCAUCAACAUUGGUCCCGUCUUCAAAAAGGAUGUGGUUCGAUGUUCUACCAUGCUUGAAAAGGCGAAAGAGUUGGCCGUCAUUUUGGCCUUCGAUGUUCCUGUCGACAAAGAAGCCGAAAAGCUCGCCGAAGAGUUGGGCAUCAAAAUCUUCACCGCCAAGAUUAUCUACCAUCUCGAAAACGACUUCACCAAGUACCACAAGGAGAUCAUGGACGGCAAGAAGAAAGAAGCCUCUGGCACAGCUGUCUGGCCAUGCCGACUCAAGACUAUUGCCUGCUUCGCCAAGCGUGAUCCCAUCAUUCUGGGAUGUGAUAUUAUCGAUGGCUCUCUGCGCGUCGGUACACCUCUUGCCGUUGUCAAGACGGAUCCUACUACAAGGAAGAAGACAGUCGUGCAUCUGGGUAAAGUGACUUCCCUCCAGAUCAACCACAAGGAGCGUGACGUUGUGCUCAAGAGGGACGUCGGUGGUGGUGUUGCUGUUAAGAUCGAGCACGCCGUUCACGAGUCGGCUAAGAUGUUCGGUCGACACUUUGAGGAAGACGAUGUGAUUAUCUCGCACAUCAGCCGUUCUUCCAUCGAUGCGCUCAAGGCUCAUUUCUGGGAUGGUGUCUCAACGGAUGAGAAGAAGUUGAUCAAGAAGCUCAAGGGCGAGCUUGAUAUUCCCUAA